CCGCCCACUCCGGGGGAGAAAGUGCUGCUUUGUGAAUGCGGGGAGCGGCGGAAGAGGCAGACAGCAAACUUUUCAAAAAAGAAAAAAAAAAAAAUCGCCGUUCUUUUUCUCCAAUAUUCACGUGGAGGAGAACUUCCACGGCACACACCAAGCCCACGGGAACUCCCGAAGUUUUGGCAAGAGGAUGAUGUUCAUUUUACUCUGCCUGUUCCUGUUGGCACCGGUUCGUGGCGAGCCCUGCCUCAUUAUCAGUGAGAUCAACGCCGACAACCCGAAACUGGACACCAACGAGUUUGUGGAGUUGUACCACACUAGCGGACAGCGGUCCUCGUUAGACGGAUACACGCUUGUUUUCUAUAACGGGAAUGGAAACACGGCCUACAAAGUGCUGGACCUUAAGGGCCACAGCACUGAUGACAGGGGCUUCUUCCUAGUGGGUUCAGUGGACUUGCUGCCUAAACCUGCUAUACUCCUGCCUCCUAAUACGGUCCAGAACGGUCCUGACGCUGUCGUGCUCUAUCACUCGUCAGCUGCACGCUACGCCGAGAAGAUGAAUGUAACCGCCAUGGGUUUGGUGGACGCCAUUGUUUAUACUACGGCCAAGCUAGGUGCCGCCAAAGCCCUGGCAGAGAUUCUCACCCCGGGGGAGCCCGCUUUUCUUGAGGAUAACGGGUUCUUGGUGGGCGACGAGUCCAUCGAGAGGUGUUUGUUGUCUGAAGAUCGUUGGGGCUUCCAGGGGUCCUCUCCCUCCCCUGGCCAGAGGAACAACUGUACACCGCCGGCCGCUCCUCCAAGUCUGCCCGUCAUCACCGAACUGAAACUGGGAGGAGGUCAGGUGGAUGGCUUUGUGGAACUGACGGCGUCGGAGACCAGCCCCCUCGUGUUGGUGGUGUUGAACGGGAGAACGGACAGAGUCAGCGUUAGUUUGAAUGUGUACGCCAACAUCGCCAGGAACGGACUCAUUUCUGUCACUGUAGACAAGAAAUAUAUGAAAGGAGAUGAGUCAGGAGCAGUAGCCAUAUACAGUGGUACUACUUCAGAUUUUCCUGUUGGCAGCCCAUUAAGUCAAGUCCAGCCUCUGGAUUCAUUUGUGUUUGCCGGCCCCGGUGACAAGCCGAGUGCCAACCUCACGGAGACCCUCAUCCCGGGCAGGCAGCCCUAUCAGCUCAGUAACAGUUUAAAAGAGGGAGGCUUCUACCUCAGCCGGUGCGGCAUGGCCACCUGGACCAGAGAUCCCGGCGUUUUCUGGGAAGCCCCCCAAACCCCGGGGCAGCCCAACCAGUGCCCUUGGCCUAAAAUUUGCCCCCACAGUACGGUUCCAGAAGGAGGUUCGGAUACGUCUGCACACUUGCCGCCUUGGUGGACCGGUGACUUCCUGAUCAACGAACUGAACACGGACACGCCAGGCGCAGCUGAGGAUGGCGAGUACAUAGAGCUGUGGCACCCAUCUGGACGUCGGGUGUCCCUCCAGGGCAUCUGGAUUCUGCUCUUCAGCGCGCACAACAACAAACCCUACCGAGAGAUCAGCCUCAGUGGCCAUUUCACUACUGCCAAGGGCUACUUCCUUCUGGGCAGUGACAGGCUUGUACCAGCGCCUUCUCUUCGCCUGCCUCCCAACACUAUCCAGAACGGACCGGACGCGGUGGCGCUCUACCGCAGCCCUAACGGCCCGCCGUCAGCACAGCAAAGAGGAAUCCCAACUAAAGGGCUUCUGGAUGCCGUGGUCUACCGUAAAAUGGGUUCUGAUCAGGAGGCGCAGGAGCUUAGUAAGACUCUGACACCGGGACAGCUUCCCCUGCUGGAAGAUGCUGAAGUUCUUCCCGGUGAUGAGGCGCUCAGUCGCUGCAGAGGCCUUUAUCCCUUUGACCUGUCUGCAUUUUCAGUGGCUCCACCAACUCCUCUGAGGGAGAACAGCUGUCCCCGGCCUCCUCCGGCUCCCGAAGGCGUGGUCAUCAAUGAGGUGGUGAGCAGUCACUGGACCAAUGACAGCCAGCAAAGAUACUUCGUGGAGCUGCACGGACCCCCGCUGACCGAGCUGCGUGGCCUGGUGCUGGUCGUGUUCGACCAGCAACACAGCGGCAGGCUCGUUGCUUUUCCUCUAAAAGGAUCUAUCGACAUGGAUGGCUUUUACAUGGUCGGGAAUGUCACCGGAGCCGAUCAGACUUUUCCAGAAGGCAGUGAUGUGCCGGCCCGCGGAGCAGUCCUCCUGUGUUACGACGUGUUCAGCGUUUGCAGAGCUGCCACUGCGCUAACCAACUCCAGUCGGCGGGACGAACUAUUUUUCAGCGACACCCAGCCGCAGCUCUCCUUAAGGUCCAAUGAAGAUAGCCGAAUCAUUCCAGCACUCGGGUCACUCAGAAAUGAUGUGGUCUCACUCAGUCGCUGCGCGUGCUGCGAUGCUAGGAGCCCUUUUUCCUGGACUAUAUCUUCGCCGACACCUCGCAAUGCAAACACUUGCCCCAGUUCGGACUUCUCCAGUCAAAUCGACCUUUGUCUCGGAUCAGGGUCCAGCGGUUGGUCGAACGAUUCGGGAGAAUGCCGAAUGGGACUCUUUCUGGUGAGAACGCUUAUAGAAGUGACCCACUAUCUUGAGCAGAAGUGUCACUGCGGAAUCUCCAUGUUCUCAAUGCAAGAAACCAAUUUCACGUGUGUAUCCGACUGGUUGCGGGUAUCGGGAAAAAUUUGGGCUUUCUCAGCCCACCAGCGGGACCUUAUCAUCCAGACAUUCCCCAUAAGCCUCCCGCAUGCUAAUGCUUGCUCCGCACCCACCGCUGACCGCCGCACCAGCACAGGGUCCAGCCUUGGUUUACAAAUCGGUCUGGUCGUCUGUGUGCUUCUGCUACUUGCACUCGGAGCUGCUCUAUUCACGUAUUUCUAUAAAAGGAGGCUUCCUCUGGACUACGCCACCAUGGAGCUGAGUGAGCACGGGGAGGGCCUCACAGAUCUAUAGUCCAGGAAUCCCUGAGGGUCCUCUAAUGUGACAGUGAGUGUUUGUGAUAAAAAAAAACAAGGGAUUGCUGAUGAAAAUGAACUGUUUUAAAACAUAUUUUUAUAAAGGUCAUUGUUUGUGAACAGUGCUGGUUACUACUAUGAAAGGGUAAAUGGCUAAAAGGGAGCGGGUGGGUGAUUGGGGUGUUUGUGUCGGGGGAUUUUUUAAGUAAUACUUGAUAGGAUUUCUCUUUUUGUGGAUGAAAAAACCUUUUAAAAUCAUUGUUGUUAACUUCAGAGCAAAUGCUGUUCUUUUCAGUCACUUAUGGUGUUAAUAUUACCUGUACUGUCCUUUCUUUGACUUUUGCUGGAAUUUUUCAUCACAUUCCGUCCACUUUCUGGAAUUUAACUAACAUGGCUCCUUGAGCGUCAAAUGUAAUAGACUAGUAUCCUUAUUGCUUCACGACGUGCAUUGCUAUUUUUUUAAACAAAUAUUUUCCUUAUUGUUGAAUGUGAAUGUGUUAAAAUGACCACUUUUAUACUCACUCAAAGCAACUUGCUUACAUUUUCUUGACUUAUAAAAAACUUUUUCAGAGGUCUGUUUUAUGUGCCAGUUGACAGUUAAUAUGUAUUGGUCAGUGUGCCUUGUUUGUGUUUUUUAGCUUCAAAUCGAAUUUAGUAGCAACAGUAGAAUUGGAAUUAUACAUUUAAUUACUAUUUGGGGGGGGGGUCUGUACAUUAAAUUAUAUAAAAGAUAUUUACACAGAUAGAUGCCUACAGGCAGGAGCAUUAGGGUGCCACGAAAUAAAAAAAAAAAGAGAAAAAAAAUUUGGGAAAAAAUUCACGUGUAAUAUCAGUAAUAAUAAAGGAUUAUAAAUUGUAAUGUUUUGACCUUUUUUUAUUCCCCUAAAAUAGUGAUGUAAAAAUUGUCCUCAUAUUAAUGAUUAUGCCCUUUAAAAAAUGUUAGCCUCAUAAAAUUGAGAAUAUUUUGUUGCACAUUUUUUCUCCAUAAGAUAAAUAAAAUCAUUUUCUAGUAAUACUGGGAUCCCCCCCCCCCCCUCAUAAUUUAUUCAAGUAAUCUUUCAAAAGUAGACCUUUCCCCUUAUACUGUAUUUUUUUUUUCAUCCUAAUCAUGGACUAAUAUCAGUUUCUUCUUGUAAUGUGAAUUUCUUAUUGUAAUAUUCUGAUGAUAUUCUUGUAAAAUUGUAACUUCGGUCAUGUAAAAAUGUAAUAUUUCUAUUAUUUCUUAAUUCUUUAAAAAAAAAUUUUACCUUAGGCCCAACUUCAUAGACUCCAACACAAAGUUCUAUAAACUAAUGAAAGGUUUCAAUCUAGGGGCAGAACAUGGGGGGGUACUGUGAAACAUAAAGGGUGCCCGGGUGGGCGAAGGUAGGGGCUAAAAAUCAGAUAUGACUGGAAUAUGAAGUUUAAGCAGGCGUACAUAUCACAGCUGAUGUCUAACUCUCCGCUAGCUGAUACGAUGCCUCCAUAUUGGGGACCCUUCCGAUAAUAGUAUUGGUGCAGCACUAAGUCGAACUAAAGCCACAUUGCAAUGCAUAAUGAGAAUUUGACUGUAUUAUUCUUUGAUCUUUUUUUUUUUUUUUUUUUUUUUUUUUAAGCUGUUGUAUGCUGAAAAGUGAUAGUGUGGAAUUUUCUCAGUUGUAUUUUCAUGUGGUCAAGAUGUUUGGAUAUCAGUAUUAAAAUGUAGCACAUUGUUAUUUUCUGUUCAAAAUGCAAUUAAAUUAAAAAUAGAGGCAUUACUGUAAAGUGCUGAUGACUUGUAAAGACCAGAUAUUGUUAGUUUUGAAAUAAAAAGGUUUCUCAUUUGUAUUGCAAAAAGCUCAUUCUUGCUUCAU